UCUCAAGUCGAAAGACCAAGACCCAUUACGGCAUUAAGGCGUUACGUAAGAAAAGCAGAGUUGAACAGGAAGAGGGAUUUCACUGAAGGAUACACCAGAGCUCUCCCCGCAGGCCUAAGGGAAAGGAUGAAAACAGAUAUCUGCAGAACAGCUGACCCAGAAGAUUCCGCCCCACCACUUUCACAUCCCCCUUCCAACCCUUGCAGCCAGCCACCCAAAACACACCGCCGGACCAGGAUCUCCACCAACAGCCCCACGCACACCCAAGCCAUUUGCUCCCAGACCACAAAAACCAACAGCCAAAAGUGAAAGCCACAGACAAAAUCUCUCGGCAACAGGAAAGCGACGAAGGGAAAGAUGACACGCCACAUAAAGCCGGCACCGCGGCAGCACACAGACCACUGCCACCACCCAGCCCCACCAGGCGCCUGCCCACCACAACCAGAGUCCCACCAUGGCUGUGCCUGCAAGCCCACAGCACCCACGGGGCUACAGCAUCCUGCUGCUCACGCUCCUUAUGAAAGCUCUCGCCGCCGCCGCUACCGCCUGCAACCACCUUCGCCCCCAGGAUGCCACCUUCUCUCGUGACAGCCUCCAGCUCCUCCGGGACAUGGCUCCCAGCCCACCCCAGCCGUGCCCACAGCACAGCGCGCCAUGCUCCUUCAACGACACCAUCCUGGACACCAGCAACGCCCGGCAAGCUGACAGAACCACCCACGACAUCCUCCAGCACCUCUUCAAAAUACUCAGCGGACCCAGCACUCCAGCCCACUGGGUCGACAGCCAACGCCAAAGCCUCCUCAACCAGAUCCAGCGGUACACCCAGCACCUCGAGCAGUGCUUGGCAGGCAGCGACACGCGCUCCCGCACACGAUGGCCUCGCAACCUUCACCUCACCAUCAACAAACACUUCAGCUGCCUCCACACCUUCCUCCACGACAACGAUUACAGCGCCUGCGCCUGGGACCACGUCUGCCUACGAGCUCGCACCUGGUUCCUGCACAUCCACGACCUCGUGGGCAACACGCGCACCUAGCCCCAAGCGCACCUCCCACCCUCUUCCUAGUUACCUAUUUAUUCAACUAUUUGUACAAACGGCUAUUUAUUCCUCUAUUUAUUCUUCUAUUUAUUCAGACAAAAUAAAGCUCUCCUUUCCAAAACUGCCUGCGACUGCCUCCUUUCGCUCAAUCACAGGAGCCCCUGGCGGGGGCAACCAACCCUGGGAUUCUCACACACCGCUCUGAAAACUCCGGUACCCGCUUACUUCUUCUGUAAACCUUGCAGGUCCAGGGAGAUCCACGAGGUCGCCACAAAAAGCGGACAAAGCAGGGACACCUGCGGCAGCAGGACCGGCCCGCUUUGACUAACAAAGCCAAAGCAAGAAGCUGAUUAUCACUUUCAGCACAGCAGCUUGACGGCCACAGCGGUACCGCGGGGACGGGCAGAAGUAGCCCUACAGUUAACUCGAGCCUUGAGUACGGUCAGCAAGAACGCAAAGGCGGCGUAUCACUGCAGUGCUUGACUCUUCACGCAAAUCCUGUCAAACAUCACCCCACACAGAGAAACCCACAAGCUUCAGCUUCUAAGGGGAAGCAGAGCAGACAAAGGUAGGGAGAAGGAAGGAGACAGCAGAGCUAAGAGACGGGAAGCUACAGUCAUCUUACUCCACCAUGACGGGGCACC